GUAGAUGAGCAAGUAACACAAAGGAAUGUUGAACAAGUGGAAGGCGGGUGACCCAGGCUCCGUUGUCGGCGCCUAGACUUCAGCCGGGACCUGGAUCCUCUGGGGCCACCUGCCAGGGAGAUAGGACCAUGUGGCUGCCCUCAGCUCUUCUCCUUCUCUGCCUCCCAGGCUGUUUGUCACUGACGGGCCCCGGCUCUGUGGCGGGCACCAUGGGGAGCUCUCUGCGUGUCCGGUGUCAGUAUGAGAAGGCAUACAAGGGGCAUAAUAAAUACUGGUGCCGAGGAAAGUAUGGCACAGUGUGUCGAAAGAUUGUGGAGACCAAAGGAGAAGAGAAAGAAAGGAGGAAUGGCCGCGUGUCCAUCAGAGACCACGCGGACAACCUGACCUUCACAGUGAUCAUGGAGAACCUCAGCACGAACGACGCUGGGUCCUACUGGUGUCGAAUUCAGACCAUCUGGAUCCUGGAUGUGUUGUCCAGGGACCCCUCCGUCCAGGUUGAGGUGUCUGUUUCCCCAGCACCAAGUACCACCCCAGGGAGCACCGCCUGUCUGGCUGUACCGGCCAGCCCCCUGACAGUGAAUGACGGACAGAACCUCAGCACCAAGGAGAUAUCAACCGGCUGCCCAGGGUCCGAGCUCAGCAAUGUCCACUUCCUGCUCCUGGUCUUCCUGAAGCUGCCCCUGUUCCUGGGCAUGGUUGGGGCUGUCCUCUGGGUGAACAGACCUCAGAGGCGCCCUGGAGGAAGAGAGAGACAGCUUGACCAGGGAGGUCCACUGUGCAGGGUGCUGUCCCCAGGAAUGCCCUGUCCAGGAAUACAGCUCUUCAGACUGGACAAGAGAGACCUUCAGAUUCUGGGCUCCAGGGCAGGGGGACAGCAGUUGCUAGAUUCUGGAAGGACUCAGGUCUUCUGGGGGCGCUGGUCCAGGGAGGGUCCUGGAUCUUAGAAGACACUCGUUCUGAGUCCUCAGGUGAAGAAGGGCUCAGCCACCCCUGCCCUUGCUUGGGGGUUCUCUUUUCUCCUCCCCAGAUCUCCUGAUUCCUGGACUUCACACCCACGUCCCAAGGGCCAGAAUUCUCUGGAAGUUGCGUGCUCAGAGGCCUGACAUUUUACUCUUCUCCUUGGCACAAAAGCUUCUUGGUUCAGCAUUGCCAGGGAAAUGCCCACCUCCUCCCUGCAGACAGGAGGCUCCCUGAGGACACAACCCUCCCAGCUUCAGUCCUGGGCUCACAGGGCUCCAUCUGCUUCUCUGGGACAAUUCCAAGGGAGUUUAGUCCUGACAGAGUUUGCUCAUGCAGCUGUCCUGUGAGCUCAGGGUUAUUUCCUCUUUUCCAACGCCUCUUGGGCUUCAAACCUUCUUGUGUCCUUGUGACCGGUGUGUGACUUGGCUGAGUGCAUCUCUGUCUAGCUCAGCCACAACUGAGCAGCUUCAAGUUAAAAUUCUGGGGCUGUUUGGAGCAGUAAUGGUAGAAGGAGGCAGUGGAUACCUCUAAUAUCACUCUGGGAAUUCAAUAACUUGGAGGGUCUCCCGUGCAUAGAGUCAAUGGAGAGUCCAGGUUUAUCCAGUUUAGGAGAAGUCUGGUUGAGACCAUCCAUCAACAAUUAACCAUUUUUGCAGAAGAGGCAGACAUAGCUUCAAACACAGGGUAGAGGACCCAGAGGAAAGGAGAUGUUUCACCACGUUGGGAUCGUACGACACCACCAUAACCACAGACACCCUUAGCCCAGGGGAGUUGUCAGUUGGUUCCUGGAUGCAUAUCCAAUACUCCCUCCCUGAAGUAUGCAGGCAAGAGUUGCACAGUCUGUCAACAUUUCCACUCACCUUUCUGCAUCCAUAGUGACCCUUUUCCUUUGAGAGCUCCUCUGAGCACUGAGUUCUCAGGCAGGGCUGCUGUUCUCUGAACCUGAGCUCUGAUGUGGCUCCCAUAAGGGUGUGUACAUUCAUGGCAUCUCAGGGAGAGGUGGGGCUGGCCUCAGACUCGGCUGAAGGAAAACCUCAUUCUAAAGAGGCACAUACUAAUCAUGACCGUAAAAUAUACACAGGGUGGUAUAGGAAGCAUAAUAAUGGGCAAGAGAAGAGCUUGCAAUACACCUCAUAAGGAAGAUAAACUCACACGUCAGUAGAGCACAGGCAGGGCUAGCAAGCUCCACGGGGCAGUCAUAGGCAAAAUGCUACAUGAUGUCAGAGGGGAAAAUAUUAUGUCACACCGGCUGGGUCAGUGGGAGGAGGUGAUAUUUGAGACUGACCUUCAAGGAGGUAUAUACUUUCAUUCAAGUGGGGUGGUAAGGUGGGGUUGGGGAGCCGCGGGAAGGAACAUAUCCAAAGCAGCAACAGCAGAAGUGAAAACAGGGAGGCAGAAAAUACUCAUUGUAAUAGUCAGUCAGAGAAGACCAAUCAGCAGAGUGUGAGGUUCACACACAGUUUCGCAUGGUGGAGGUGUGUUUAAGAUUCCGGUGGGAUGAAGUUGUGGCAGUGCAGUUUUAACUGCAAAACCUGGGAAGGCCCAGGAAAAGUAAGGUUGGGGUGUGCUGAAGGGGUUUGGACUCCAACUUCUACUCAGGCUUUGACUGAGACGCUUGGAUGAAUUUGAGCAGAUCAACAUGGAGUCAUGGAUAUGUUUUAGGAAGGUUUACCCAGCUGAUGAGUAAGAUAGUCUGAUAGGAAGAGUCUGGAUGUACAGAGAUGUCAAGCCUGAAAGACCAGAAGGGUAGGGCAUCAUUGAGAGAAAUAGGGAAGUCGGGAGCAGGCUAGAGGGAUACAGAGCUUGGUUUUCUCCAUGACACUGGGAUUACCAGGCAUAGAGGAACAGUCGGAAGCUAGAGACGUGGGUUAGCAGAGUAUUCAUGCUGCAGUGAAGAUGUGUGGGGUGGUAAACUGGAGCCCAGGGAGAGGGAGAAUCGUCAAGGGAAGAGUUCAGGACCAAGGACAGAGUCUUUGAAGCGCCUGCAGUUAGGAGGGACUGGGAGCUUCCCAGGAAGUGCUAGUGGUAAAGAACCUCCUUGCCAAUGCAGGAGACAGUAAGAGAGGCCGGUUAGAUCCCCAGGUCAGAGAAGAGCCCCUGAGGAAGGGCCUGGCAACCCACUUCAGUAUUUUUGCCUGGAGAAUCCCAUGGACAGGGGAGCCUGGGAGGCUACAAUCCAUAGGGUUGCAAAGAGUCGGUCAUCACUGACCUGACUGAGCAUGGACACAUGCAAGACAAUAAACAAGCAAUUACAUGGAUCAGUAUUGGGGGAAUUGACAUUUUACCACGUUGAGUCUUCCAUCCACAAAUGAGGUGUAGCUCUCAAUUAAUUUAAAUAUUCUUUGACCUCUGUCAUCAGCAUUUUGCAACUUUUAGCACACAGAUGCUAUGCAGGUUCCAUUAGAUUUUUACCCAGGUAUUUCUUCUUUGGGGGGAAGCAGUUAUGAAUAGUGUUUUAUUUUCUACCAACUUGUUGCUAGGAUCUAGAAAUAUGAUUCUUUUGUGUGUGUAUUGAUCUUGUAUCCUGUGAUCUGGUUGAACUCAUUUAUUGGUUGAGCAGUUUGUUUUUUUGGUAGAUUCCAUGGGAUUUUCUACAUAGACAAUUAUGUCAUCUGAGAAAAGGAACACUUUUAUGCUUCCUUUCCAAUCUUUAAGUUUUAGUGGUGUCCUGGAGGCCCGGGGGAGCCCAGGGAAGGUUUAAAACACUCUAAUGCCAUGUAGAGGAUGUGGCACUGUGGGUCCACUGCUUUCAGCCAUUGCUACUUUUAAAAGAGAAGCUGGGGGACUUCCCUGGGGUCCGGUGGUUGAGACUCCAUGCUUCCAAAGCAGGGGGUGUGGGUUUGAUCCCUGGUCAGGGAAUUAAGAUCCCACAGGCUGCAUGGCAUGGCAAAUAAAGAGAGAGAAGCUGGAGGUGAAAUCUCUCAUGUUUAUGUAUGGGCAAGAGAGUCCAUUAAUAAAAUACCAUGAUCAAAAC